GCCGGCCUGGGAGGGAGGAGGAAGCGGAGGGCGGAGUUUGGCUGCUGCGGCCUUUGAUUCCUGGGGGAGAAAGAGGCGUCUCUGCUGCUUCUCCUGUUGUUCGUGGAGCGGCCAUGGCUGCGCGGCUCCUCCGGAGGCUCCCGGGGCUCACAGGGCGAUUCCGAGGCCCGCCUUUCGCUCUUCCGCAGCCGGGGCCUCUCCUCGGGGGCGCCGGGCCUGCCUUCCGAGGGACCAAAGCUGGCGACACCGGUAAGGAUCAAGCUUCUCUGACAAGAUAUGACGAGUCAAGAAGUAAUGCUGAUUGGCAAAAGAAAUUGACUCCGGAGCAAUUUUAUGUCACCAGGGAAAAAGGAACCGAACUGCCUUUUAGUGGAAUCCAUCUGACUAACGCGGAGCCGGGGAUGUACCACUGUGUAUGCUGCAGUGCCCCACUGUUCAGAUCAGAAGCAAAGUAUGAUUCUGGCACAGGUUGGCCUUCCUUUUCAGAAGCCUAUGGGACACAUGGAACAGACGAAAGCAAUACUAAUAUCCUGAGACGGCCUGAUAAUUCAUCAGGAUUAAGCCGGACAGAAGUCAUUUGCAAACAGUGUGAUGCCCAUCUGGGCCAUGUGUUCGGUGACGGUCCCAAGCCAUCUGGGCAGCGGUUCUGCAUCAACAGCGUUUCAUUAACAUUUAAACCGAGCUCAAACCAAUGAGGCUUGGAUCUUUACAUCCUGUGUAUUAAAAGUGCUUUAAUGCUGAGGAUUCUCUUGCCAAAGAGGACCACACUACCUUGAAAGCAGAUCAGGAACCAGGUGCUUGUAACAAAUGUCUCUAUUUUAUGUAAAUAUAGUAAAGUCAAUUAAUUAGCAUGCACGUAGCCAGUGUUGAGCCAUUGAUGUGAGAUCUGCUGCGUUUAUUCUGUAAUGGAAUAUGCUUCUUUGAUGUCACUGGCACAGUCUGUGCAUCCUCUGUAUGCAUGCAGAGCUCUUUCAGUCCAUCUUUAUCAUCAAAUCCUGCACAGACAACAAAGAGCAAGCUGUAUGUGAGCAUCCCCAUACAUAGCAACCCUCAUACAUAGGAAUGCCAUUUUUUAAAUCAAUCAAAGAAAAAGGGUUUGAUUGCUGAACUUAUUCUGAACAGUGUAAUCAAGAUGUAAAUAAAUAUAGCAGUUUUCCAAA